CCACUCAUUUGAACUGACGAGAGAGGUAGCCAAAUAAAAAGUAGUAGUUCAUCCAUGCACCCAUGCCUCCCCACAGAAAUGCAGCUAUCCGCGGCGCAGUCGAUGGACAUAUUUGCCUACUAAUAGUGCUAUUUCUCAUCAGCAUAAAGCUCGCGGCGGGCGGGCCAAUCGCCCGAUCAUGCCAGGACUCCGUCUGCGGCGGCGUACGCAUCCCAUACCCGUUCGGCAUCAGCUCAAGCGGCUGCGCUAUGGCGCCUAGCUUCGAAGUCGACUGCAACAAUACGGCGAACGGUUUUAAGCCGUUCGUUGGAAAUGUCGAAGUCAUAUCCCUCAGCAAUGGUCAGGCCCGGGUAAUGAAUCACGUAUCUUCUUCCUGCUACAACCGCACGUCCCGACAGAUGAACCCUGCGGACGUGUGGUAUCUGAACCUCACGGGCACGCCCUACAGGCUCUCCGACUCGGCCAACAAGUUCACGGUCAUCGGGUGCCGGACGCUGGCCUACACCUUCGACGAUUACAACGUGGGCAAGUACAUGAGCGGGUGCGUGUCCGUCUGCCGGCGAGGUGACUUGAGCAGCGCCAUCAACGGCAGCUGCGUCGGGAUAGGCUGCUGCCAGACAAACAUCUCAACGGGCCUAAGCUAUUACGAGGUCAUGUUCGACUACACCCUGAACACAUCCGGGAUCUACAACCGCACCCCCUGUAGCUACGCGGUGCUCAUGGAAUCGUCUAGCUUCACCUUCUCAACCACCUACCUAACUUCACGGGCGUUCAACACCUCCUAUGGUGGCCAGGCUCCGCUGGUGCUUGAUUGGGCUAUCCGGACUGCUAACAACUGCGUGGAAGCACAAAAAAAUCCUGCGUCGUACGCGUGCAAAGGUGACUAUAGCGUCUGCCUCAACUCCACCAACGGACCAGGAUACAUAUGUAACUGCAAAAAGGGAUACCAAGGCAAUCCCUACCUUCAAGAUUCCAACGGCUGUCAAGAUAUUAAUGAAUGCCAAGAUUCUAAUAAUUACCCUUGUCACGGAGAAUGCCAUAACAAACCUGGCGAUUUUGAUUGUUUCUGCCGUGCGGGUAGCCGUGGAAAUGCAACUAUUCCUGGAGGAUGUCGGAAGGACUUCUUACCUCUAAAAGCACAGCUGGCAAUUGGAAUUGCUGCAUGUGUGUUGGCUGGCCUGUUUGCUUUCCUUGGAUGGGAAGUGAUUCGGCACAAAAGGAGCAUUAGAAAACAAGCUUUGUUAAGACAGACUGAUGAGUUUUUUCAACAACAUGGAGGCCAACUAUUGCUAGAAAUGAUGAAAGCAGAAGGCAAUAUCGGGUUCACACUCUACAAGAGAGUGGAGAUAGAGACCGCAACAAAAAACUUCAACAAGGCACAAAUCAUCGGUGAAGGAGGGCAAGGAACAGUCUACAAGGCAGUCUUAGAUGGAACUGUUGUCGCGAUAAAAAAGUGCAAGGAGAUUGACGAGAGUAGGAAGAUGGACUUCAUGCAAGAGUUGGUCAUACUUUGUCGUGUCAACCAUCCUAACAUUGUCAAGUUGCUCGGCUGCUGCCUACAGUUUGAGGCGCCUAUGCUUGUCUAUGAAUUCGUGGAAAAUAAAACAUUACAGGAGCUGCUUGACCUCCAGAGAAGCAAGAGGUUCCAUGUCACGCUGGGAACCCGCCUAAGGAUAGCUGCCGAAUCAGCUGAUGCACUUGGGCAUCUCCACUCACUACCACACCCAAUACUCCAUGGUGAUGUAAAGCCAGCCAACAUCCUUCUUGCUGAAGGAUUGGUAGCAAAGGUGUCUGACUUUGGGUGUUCAACUAUUGAUGAGAAAACACAAUCUAUGCUUAAAGGCACACCUGGGUAUAUUGACCCAGAGUACCUGCUUGAGUAUCAGCUCACAGCCAAGAAUGAUGUCUACAGUUUUGGUGUCAUUCUUCUUGAGCUUCUAACAAGUAAGAGGCCAUUGUCAAAAGAAAGUAAGACAUUGGCGUCAAUGUUUCAGGAGGCUAUGAUGGAUGGAACAUUCCAUGAGCUUCUUGAUAGCGAAAUAAUAGAUGAAGCAAGCAUGGGAGUCCUACAUCAGAUUGCGGUUCUGGCGAUUCAAUGCUUGGCUCUUCCUGGAAUGUCAAGGCCGGUGAUGGAGCAAGUCGCAAAGGAGCUUCGUCGAUUAGCACUAUCAGAUGAAGUGCAGCAAUGCCCACAGCCGCCUCUGGUUCUCGAGGGUCUCAACUUUGCAGUGAUGGGUAGCAUGUGUACAACUUCCUUGUUGUACACCGAGGGCAAUAGCACCGGAGUUUAUGAUCUUGAGAAGAAAACCGUGAUGAGCACAGAAUUUGCCAGAUGAUCGAUUGUGUGUGUGCUAUAUUGAUUGCUUUACUUUGUAUGCUUGUACGCUUGUGUUAGGUUUGAGUGUUCUUCAAUACUUAUGGAGGUGGAAGAUCUAGCUCCAACAUUAGUCAUAAGGACAAAGAUCCUGCAAGACAAUAAUGUAAUGCUAUAAGUAGGUACUUCAAACAUUAUUAGAAGUGUUGUAAUAAAACUAAUAAUGACAGCUAUCUAUAUAUGUGAAAGUAGUGUUUAUUA